AGAGCAGGGAAUCGAGAAACUUGUGAAUUUUCACGAAAUCAUGAACUUCAAGUUCAAAAUCGAAAAAGAUAUUCUACUUGGAGACUCCGUAUCACCGAAAAGGCAGAAACUACGGAUCUUCAGAAGUUCAUUCAUACGCAUCCCAGUGACAUUUAUACUAUCCAUCUUUUGAAAAAAGGAAUAGCUUUAAACGGGACACGUUUAUAUCACGUCAGAACUAGAAAAUUAACCGAAGUUCCUGUUAAACAAACGGUCCCGCCAACGGCCAUAUUGUAUAUAUCUUCCAACCAUCCCCACCUCGAAAGGCUCAAGCAUACGAUCCACGUCGUGAACGUGGUUAAAGCCCCCGCACAUGAUAUUCACGUGAUGAUGCUUCACAAACACGGCCACAGCUUAGGCGGCCUUCCUCCGAUAUUCUGGUAUUCCUUGAUAUUUUUGAUAGCCGUGUUUCAUUUGUUUUUGUUCAAACUGAUUUAUAACGAAUAUUUUCACGCCCAUGUGCAAAAACCGAUCAGUGCCAGAAGAGAUCGAUACGAAACGCCCUAUACUUCAAUAUUAAUCGCGGAAUCUUCAUCACUGCCAAACCCGUGUAAAAAGUGA